AGGAAAAGAUUAAAAUAAAAAAAGUAUCAGAAAUAACGAUAAUUAUUGGACUCAUCGUAUGUGCCACGUUUCUCAUCGUUCUUCGAUAAUAUUUCUCGUUUUUCAAUAUUAUCAUUAAUUUAAUUAUAAACAUAGUGUUGUUUCGAAUUGGAAUUUGAUUAAUAUUUGAAACUUUUGUUAGGAGUGCAAAAAAGUGUUUGUAUCGACUUAACGAGAAGGUGCAAGAAAGAAUUAGAUAAGCGUGUAUUUCAAGAGAAUACAUAUAGUUGUAUUAGGAUAUACAUACUUUAUUUCGAUGCCAUUCUGCAACAAGUGGUCGCGGUGGCGCGUGGUUAAACGAUUGUGUCUUCCAUCCCUCUGAUUCGUCAGCCAAUCGGUGAUUCGCAUAACAGUACCACGUGACUCGAGUAGCGCGUGUUGCGUUUAUUCCACGCGUGUCAGUGGGUGCGUAUGUAUACACAUGGUGGUGCCCGUGCUCCGUCAUUUCUUCGAAUAAAAUAAGUCGUUUGUAAUAUUUUGUGCGCGUAAAAAAGUAAAUAUAUAUAUAUAUACAUAUAUAUAAAUAACAAAAAUAAAAAAAAAUAAAAUGGCUAUGGAUCGAACGAUGUACGGAAAGGUGCAACCAGGCGCCACUUAUCAACCGUUUAGGAUCACCGUGAAGAAAGGCUCUCUUCCUGGCUAUGCCCUAUUGGCGGAUUUACAAAAUACUGUAUCGUCCGAAGGCAAUCACGUUAGUAGCAACGCUACACCCGGUUACGGUUCGUUAAAUGGUGCAAGAACGCAUAAUACGAAUGCAUACAGAUCGUACGAAAGUAGAACUUCACCAUUACCGUCACAAUCGGACUGCAGGCAAAAGUUUCAAGGGGGAUCCUUUUUUGAUCACGAAGGAUUGCCGUAUUGUGAAACACAUUAUCAUGCCAAAAGAGGGUCAUUGUGUGCUGGCUGUCAUAAACCAAUAACAGGACGCUGUAUAACUGCCAUGUUCCGAAAAUUCCAUCCAGAGCACUUUGUCUGUGCAUUUUGUUUAAAACAAUUAAAUAAGGGUACUUUCAAGGAACAAAAUGAUAAACCAUACUGCCAUGGGUGCUUCGACAAACUUUUUGGAUAAAAUCACCCUACAAAUAUCGUUAUACUUCAUAUGUUCAUUAUUUACACGAUGAUCAAGUGAUAGGGCUGUCUUACUCGAGAUUUUAUCUAUAAACAAACGAAGAAAAAAGAACUUAUGAAUUCACACGUAAAUGAAUAAGAAUGAAAUUCAUAAUACACGAAUUGUUGACACAUCUAUAGAUACGUAUAAUAAUAAUAAUAACAAUAAUAAUAAUAAUAAUAAUAAUAAUAAUUAUAAUAAUAAUAAUAAUAAUAAUAGUAAUAAUAAUAAUAAUAAUAAUUAUUAUUAUUAUUAUUAUUUUAAACUUUUAAACGAUGCGAUGAUGAACUAGAAAAAAAAAAGAAAAUUAAAGUUCAUUAAUCAUUUUGCUACAGCUUAAUACAGCCUUUUAAAAUUUUUAUACGCCUUAAUUUUCUUAAGUAGAAAGAUAAGUAGAUGUUAGUUAUAACAUUUUUAUUACAUCUCUUUCUCUUUUUCUCAAUAAAAAUAAAUUUAAUACAGUCCCUCGAUAGAUAAUACGCUUUGUAUUGUCUUCCAAUAUUUAAACGUGGACGUACAUAUAUACAUACAUACAUACAUACAUACAUACAUACAUACAUAUUUUAAAGGAAGGACAUUGAAAAGUAUGACAUUAAAAUUUUCAUCAUAAAUGUAUAGAGAUUAACGAAAAAAAGGGUGCUAAUUCACAAUGUGUUUUAACUAAUUCUUUUUUUUUUCUUUUUUAUAAUUUUACUUUCAAGUAAUGAUAUGUAUGUAAUUUAAUUGUUUCCGAUAAUAUAUAUAUAUAUAUAUAUAUAUAUAUAUAUAUAUAUAUAUAUAUAUAUAUAUAUAAAAUGAGAACACAGUUCUAAAUGGAUAUGUUCAUUAAGUUUCAUAAUUAUAUUUAUGAAAUAUUUAUGUACAGUUAAAGCGAUUAAUUCCGAGCAAGCAACGAUAUUCAUUUUCCAUUUAAUUUUUUUUUUUUUUUUUUUUUUUUUUUUUUUAAUCAAAUAAAGAUCGAAUCAUCACACGCGUUUAUUUCUAUCGUUCUUUCGAGAUAGACAUUGUAGUAAGUGUGCAUGAUACUUCCUUCUCAAGAGUUCAUACGAAGGUAAUAUAAUACAUAUACAAUGAUGUAAUAGUAUAGAAUAGCUGAAAAUGUAAGCAAAAUAUACUACAUGCAUUCACAUACAAAAUAUGAGAAUUUUUUAUUUUCUUUUAUGCACUGUAUAGCUUGUGUGAGGUUUUGUUUUUUUUUUUAUUUUUAUUAAACAUAUAAUGACAUAUAGAUUAAGAGAUCAAGGAUAUAUAAUUUAAAUAAACAGAGAAAUAUUGUA